CAGCAUUGCCGGACACCCGUGUCUUUCACUCUGUGUCCCUUUCUCUUGACUAUCUGAACAUAACAUAAUUCUCGAUCACAGCGAACCAAGUGCGACCAGGAGAACUUGUCUUAGAAUGCCGUUGAACCGCUCGGGGCGAUCCCUGGCGCUGGCGCUGACCGUUCGAGCUCUCGAUCGUGUCCGCCAGUGCCCGCACUCGUCAAGCUUGCACUUUCUCAGGAUCUGAGGUGCAAACCUCCUCCGACCAGCAAGAGGAACGUCUUGCAGCCAGCCAGUAUGAUCGAACAGAUUCCCACGCUUAGCAAGGAGUAUGAUGUUGAGCUUGCAACACCUGGCUCAGAGAAGGACGCCAAAUUCGACACGCUCACGUCAAGCCUAGACCAGGAGAAGCUCAACGCAAAGGUCGACGACUCGCCGAAUUUAGUGAGCGCUGCAGACGAUGACAUCGAUCCCGAGACGGGCAUCAAACGAUACACGGGGCCACGAGUUGCGCCCCGCCAUCGGUUCCUUGCGGCUUGGCAGCGUUACUUUGGCUUUGCCUCGACCUAUCGCCGCCAAUGGCUGUUCUGUGUCGCAACCAAUCUCGCGCUACUCUGCGUUGCGGCUACAGAGAAAUGGCAUUGGGCACACGAGAACAGCCAGAUCAUCACGCUCAUCAACAUUGUUAUUUGUGUGCUUGGCCGCAACGAGCUGUUCCUGAAGCUCCUGCUCGAUUUCUAUAUGCUCGCAUUCGCGCGCUUCCCUUUGUCCUGGCGAGUGUUGCUCUGCAAGCACGUCCAAGGCUUCGGCGGCAUCCACAGCGGGACGGCAGUCUCCAGCUUCAUGUGGCUCAUAUUCUUGCUCGUGCACGUCUUCCAGUCGCGGCAAUACUUGCCGGCUGUCGUGCUCACGUUUGCUGUUCUUGUUUCUGUCUGCAUCGCACUCAGUAUGCUUGUCGCCUUGCCGCCUGUGCGCUACUUCUAUCACGACUAUUUCGAGGCAGGUCACAGGUUCAUUGGAUGGACUUCACUCGCUUUCAUCUGGGUCCUCUGCAUCACGCUAUCAUUCUGGGACGUGCCAACGCAAUCAUGGAUUGCCAAGGCAUCGCGCUUGCACAACGCGCUACUCGCAUUGACGGUCGUGCUGACUGCGCUCAUCGUCGCGCCAUGGUUGUCGCUACGCAAGGUCGCAGUCGAAGUCGAGACGCCUUCCGAUAAGCUGGCAAUCCUCAAGUUCCCAGGCGGACUGGGAGACGGUUUUGCAGGCCGGAUCUCGCGUUCACCUCUCAUGGAAACGCAUGCGUUCGGCAUUACGAGCGAAGGGCCCGACGCAGAUUGCCAUUAUAUGGGCUGCGGCGUGCAAGGCGACUUUACUAAAGGUCUUGUGAGCAAUCCGCCGAAGUAUCUAUGGACGAGGAAGAUCCGAUUUGCUGCAGCCAGCUAUCCAGCCAGCAUGUUCAAGCGCGGCGUCGUCAUCGCGACCGGCGCGGGCAUCGGUGCCGUCCUCGCGACUGCCUUGCAGAACGAGCGAUGGUUCCUGAUAUGGGUAGCUAGUGAUCUCGAAAAGGCGAGUCCCUUCUUUCCCUCGCGCUUGCUGUUGCUGAAGUCUGAGCAGACGUUUGGCACGACAUUUCUGGAUAUGAUCGAACGGAAGAUCCCCGAAGAACGCAGAAUCAUCUGGGAUACGCGUAAGAAGGAACGUCCGCACACCAUGAAGCUAUUGGAAGAGGUCGUGGAGAUGUGGCAGGCCGAGGUUGUGUUCAUCACAAGCAACCCUAAAGGCAACAAGGACAUCAAAGAGGGCUGUUACGCUCGAGGCAUCUAUGCUUUCGGACCCCGACAGGAGAGAGUCAAGAUGCCAGAUAUGACGCAGGCCGCGCUGAGUCAGCUUCCCACCGCUUUCCUGUCGCCUAGUAGCCGUACACGCUCGUUUGUGGACUCGCAGUCUUCGAUCGCCUACGACAAGAGCUCGGCGGACGAUGAUGCAAUCUCAGCAGCCGAUUCGCAGACGCACACGCUCGCUACAUCGACUAUGACGCCCAAAUCGGCGCACGGGCUCCCUCAGCAGGCCAAGGUAAGGGCAUCAGGCAGUGCAGACCUACCAAACUAUCCAGAGAUCUACUAUCCCGGCCGAUCGGAUGCCAAAGGAAAGGCCUCCGUCUCCGCUCGGAUCUUGGGCGAUGGCAAUGGCGGUGUCUUGCGGCCCCGUUCGACGGCGGGCUACACUUAUACAGAGCAAGGUGUCAAUGGCGCCAAGAAGUCACUCAAGAAGCGCAGAAAGGCAAGAGGGGACGUACACCAGACGACCGGCCUCGUUGUCGACGAAGAUGGGCAUCUGCACGAUCCCGAGUAUGUCCACUUUCGAACGGCAACGCCGGUGCACGUGCAACAGCAACAGCACAUGCAGGCCCAGAAGAGACGCGAGAGUCAGUCAUCUGUGUCUAGUGAAUCGACUACAUCCAGUAUCGAAGCAACGGGACAUUACUCUGGCAAGAAUGCGACGGCGCCUCGAGAUCCGUUCAUGGGCUCGCUCAAGCCAUCCUCAAAUUACCGGUAUGACACCCCUUCGCGCACAUCGGUGAACCGUCCAUCGGCAGAUUCGGCAAGAAAUGAUGCCCUCCUCUCGCCAACUCACGACACAAGCAUGCUACAGCCUAGACGCGUCUCUGCUGAUUUUGCUGGCUCAAGCAGCAGAACGCCUAUAGUAGGAAGCACGGCCAACGGCACUUCCGUAAGAAACAAGCUUCGUUCUCGCGCUGCGCCCCACCAUAUCGAUACGGAGCGGACGACUCUGGCCAGUCAUCGCACCAACGUCACUUCACCGCUUCAGGAUGAGCCUGGUUUCGCUCGUGCAGCAGAUGAGACCUAUAACCCGUACACAUUCGUGCCUUCUACCGCGAUAGGGCGCAGCAGUCGGUUCAAGGAUAUGCCGCCGCCACAGCCACGCAAGACUGCCAGGCCAAUGUCGCAGGCCGCUUUGCAGAUCCCCACACAGGACGACGGGCUGGCAGCCAGUGCAGCGCCGAUGGCAAAAUCCUACAUGGAGGUUCUGCCAGACCCAGCCGCUCCUUUUGCGCCGCCAAAAGUCCCCUUUGCGCAGCCACUAGCCUCACCGAUGGCUGAUACGGUCUCAGAUGCCUCGGGCCGCAAGAAGAGGCGGCGGCCACGCACCGUUGGAGGCGAAAGCGCUAUGUCGACCUCGACCGUGCCGGAGGAGCUGCCGCCUCCCAGAUUGCAGACAACCUACCUCCCAUCAGCCGACAACCCUGAGCGACACCGGGGCGCUAGUCAUCUCAAAACAGGCAGAGCUACAACCGAUGACGCCAUUGGCGCCGGCUGCUACUCUGUCAAACGCGCUUGGCGUGGUUUCAUGCUCGACAUCAAAUUCUCUUGGUUCAGGCAGGUCUCUGUCACGCGAAUAAUGCUGCUGCUGACCCAUUGACAUAGGUACUGUCGCGAUGUCAAGCGGUCGAUGGGCUAGUCCCAACCCAAGAUGUCUUGUAAUUGAACAUGC